CCGGGAGGGACAUUUUUAGGCGACGCACCCGGUGAGUUCCUCCUUCCGGCGUCGUUGCCUGCUUUCCACUGAGUGAGAAUAAUUUUGAAACGGAGUGCUGCAGACUCUGAGCAAUCAGAACCAAGCCAGUGCUUCUGCUGUUCUCCACGGAGGGAGGGAUGCUGGCGGACGGAUCCCCGCGGCACGGCUUUGACGAGCAAGACCCGUUGCUGCAAAAACUUCAGUCUUUCUGGGCAAUGAAAGACAUGGAGAAGCUCCGGGAGGAGACACGAGUGGGCGUGGAGGCCCUCAAAGACCCCCUGGCGUGGCUCUUGGACGUGCUCGAGGCCCCCGGCGAUGGGAAAGGGAGAGGGAAAGGCCACAGCUUGGCAUCCCAUGUGGUCCACGAAGUGCAGCUCUGGACCAAGAAGUACCCUGCGGAGCAGCCGUCUGGCUUGAAGUUAAAAAGGCUCCAGGCCCGCAUCUUUCCCACACUUGCUCGGUGCCACACAAACCUGCUGGGCCCGCUGAUCAGCAUCUAUCAGCUCCACGCUGCCGAGCACCACCACCUGCUGGGCCACGUUGACUACCUCUACCACCAGGGCAAAUUCAAAGAGGCUGCCAUUUUAAGCAUAAAGCUGAACCUGCAGCCAGAACAAGAGUUUGAGAAGAUGUGCGUCCCGUUGCUGCUUAAAGAUAAAACAGACCUCGUGGAAGCCUACGUGGAAGGCCACCCUGACCUGCAGCGGCAGCUCUUGCAGCUCUUGGACUCGUGGUUUGAUCCCAGCUUCCAGAUCCAGAACAUCACAAGGCAGUAUCAGGGAGUGAGGCCGGAGAAGAUCAACUAUCGAACGUUGAAUAAAAUGGUCUUCCGAUUCCUGGAAAAAUACAAGCUAGACCCAGCUCUUUGCCCGAAUGUGAUCAACCAGCGGCACCUGGGCACGCUGAAGUACCUGCUGCACAAGAGAUUUGUGGAGAAAACCAUGACACAGGAAAACUGGGCUGACCACGUCCAGAGCACUGUCCAGGGCAGCCAGUGGCUGCAAGAACAGCUGGUCCAUCUGCUGGUCCGUUACUGCGGCCUGGAGGCUGCUGCCACGUGGGCGCUGCGCUACGACCUCCCCGCGGACAAGCUCCCUUAUGGCACGGGCGAAGCGAUGGAGACGCUCCGGACACAGGAGAGACGGGAAGGUGCUCCAGACCUGACCGCGUGUGACAGUAAGGACAGGAAGGAGUCGUAUUACCAGCUCCCCAUCCCCAGGGAUGCCAUCCUUUUCUUAUCGACAUGGAAGGAGGUACAGAAAUGCCAGGAGCACUUGCUACAGCCCGGCCAGGUGGUUGGGAUCGACAUGGAGUGGCGGCCGUCCUUUGGCGCCGUGGGGGGGAAGCCUCGCGUCUCCGUCGUCCAGCUGGCUGUCUGGGGCCGUGUGUUCCUCCUGGACAUGCUGCAGCUCCUCAAGCCAGGAGGGACGGAGGACGAGGCGGCCCUCGCUAGCUUCUUCCUGGCCCUCUUUGCUCACCCGGCAAUCACUAAGCUCGGCUACGGGAUGUCAGGGGACCUCCGUAACCUCGCGGUCACCUCUGCUGCUUUCAGAGAUGUGGACAAGCAGCUGUGUGGCUUCCUGGACCUUCUGAUUGUACAUAAACAGCUUCCCAAAUGCUCCGGCGAGGCCAGGAAGGGCGGAUGCCGGCAGGUGGAUGCUUUACAGCCGCAGGGCGGUGCGCAGGGGAGCCGGCUGCCGGAGAAGGGGCUGAGUCUGCUGGUGCAGGACGUCCUGGGCAAGCCCCUGGAUAAGAUGGAGCAGCUGUCCAACUGGGAGAAGCGGCCCCUCCGAGAGGAGCAGGUCCUUUACGCAGCAUCUGACGCUUACUGCUUGUUAGAGGUUUACACGAAAUUGCUGGAGAAUCCGGCAGCCCUCAGCCUGACUUUGGACCUCCUGGCAGCUCCACCAAGGAGAGCAAAGGCCGGGGAAGCCAAGGCCAAGAAGCUGCCCCUCCAGCCAACGGCGCUCUCUCCUCACAAGGAGAACUCCGUCCCAAGCCCGGAAGCAGCAGUGAGCCCUCUGGACACCGUCUCAGCUCAGGAUUUCCGUGUGGUCUGUGACAACAUGCUGCAAGGCCUGGGCCGGUACCUGCGCUGCCUCGGGGUGGACGUCCGGAUCCUGGACAAUGAUGAUGAGCACCGGAAGGCAGCCGAGAUUGCCAGGAAGGAACAGCGCCUUAUUUUAACCUCUGGGCUGCCAUAUCAGACGCUGCAGUCCCAGGUGGGAGAAGGACGGUGCUUCCUGGUGAACUGCUCGGAGAAGGCCCAGGAGCAGGCCCUGCGGGUGCUGAAGCACUUCAAUGUCCAGGUGACCCUGGCUGACGUCUUCAGCCGUUGCCAGGCCUGCAACUGCAACCAGUACCUGAAGAUCUCCAAAGAGAAGAUGGUGGAGCUGAUGAAGCACAGGGGCUGUUUGACAGGCGAAGGUGCUGCGGCAGGCAAACUGACCGACGAUCCCCUCGCAAACACUGAACUGCAGCCCAUCGAACUCGCCUCCCGGCGGCCCAUUUACAAUCUGAACUGCCAGUGGCUAGAUGAGUCGAGCCUGGACUCCGAGUUGGCGCUGCUGCCCCUGAGGAUCGAGGCCAUCCCUGUGGGGAUGCUGUCCAGGCAGGACGUGGCCGACUUCUACUGCUGCAGCCAGUGCGGCAAGGUCUUCUGGGAAGGGUCCCACUUUGGGCGCGUCGUCUCCCAGUUCCAGGAGGUGCUGGACCUCUCGGAAGAAGAAAGCCAGCGCUUCUACGAGCAGAUCUGAGCCUGGCGCCAGGACAGGCUGGAAGGGCUCUUCGCAAACAGUGGCCACUGGGGACUUGGCUUCAUGUCCAUGUUAAUACAUAGAAAUGGGGGAAGGCAGA